AUGGCCCACUCAUCUACUCUACAUAUUCCACACAUGGGCCCACCUGCCUCCAUCAGAAAUAAUAUCCCUCCCAGCCCAUCCGUCAACAUUGAGGGUAUACAUUACAUCAGUCCAUCAUCCGCUGGCCUGUCUUAUAUGGGAUAUUAUGUAGGUCGGGUGACCCGUAUAAUAUGGAAAUAUGUCACUGUAAUAUGUGCGUCACCUACCACCUUGCUCACCCCAUACCUCAUUUUUCUUGCUUCUCAUAGAAAGACAACCUUUUACAUUGCGCAAGGCAGGGCGAUUCGUCAUAUUGUUGUGCUUUAUACCAAUUUGGAAGAUUUGAUCGCCAAAAACAACCACAGGUAUGAGGAGCAAGAAGAAAGCACUAGAGAACAGGACCGCUUACAAUAUGGCUACAUCUUACUCACGCAGGUUUUGCCUUGGCUGCAUGAGAAGCUUGCAGAACUUGACGUCGAUGAUUGCGAAGACAUGAAAAAAAAGCUUAAGAGAGGUGCAGAUGCAGCACGCGGUGAUGACACCUCCACUCUCAAGGACCUAGUCGCUACAUGGCUCAAUGAAGACUUUCACCCUUCCCAGCUACUUUGA